AUGCCUGAUUCGAGUGAAACUGGCGCGGGAUCGGGAGCCGCACCAUCGAAGGCCGCACAAUUAAGGUCACUAAAACAAAAACGCUCACAGGUAAAGUCUCAGUGCACAAGGUGCGCAACGUAUUUGGGCGGAUUGGACGCGCAAAAUACGUCGGUCGUCGAAUUGCGUCAAAGGCUUAAAAAAUUCAGCGAGACGUGGAACGACUUCAACACAGUGCAAACGGCGAUCGAAGAGAUACAGGACAGUCCGGAAGAUGCGAGAGGCCACGACGAAGAAAGAGCUACAUUCGAAGAAAGAUACUUCCAGAUCGCAACGGAGCUCGAAAUAUUAAUUGAAAACAAGACGAGGAAUCAAAUGCUUACCGCAGAUCACACGCCACAAUUACUAAGAGGGGGAACGCCGGCUACUCAAGGAAGCGUGGGUAUUAAUGAUCACUUAAAAUUACCGCGCGUUAACCUCCCCACAUUUGCAGGCGCUUUUGAAGAGUGGAUGCCUUUUAGAAAUAUGUUCCAGAGCAUGAUCGAUAAUAACACAUCAUUGCCCAAGGUUCAAAAAAUGCAGUACUUAAUAUCGGCGUUAAGAGGUGAAGCGCGCGAUGUAGUGGGCUCGCUCGAGGUAGCGGAAGAAAAUUAUAUUGAAGCUUGGGAAAUGCUUAAAGAAAGGUACGACGACCCUGGCUUGAUAAUUCAAAAGCACAUCCGUGCGUUAUUCGAUGUUCCAACGAUCGUCAAGGAAAACCAUCUACUCAUACGACGAUUAAUGGACAACGUUCUGAAGCACUUACGAGCUCUUAAAGCAUUAAAAAGGCCUACGGAUUACUGGGAUGAUUUGGUCAUUCACCUGGUGACAAGCCGGUUAGAUCCCAAAACGAGCAGAGCUUGGGAAGUCACCCUUAAGCGGGGAGAGAUACCUACCCUCAAGCAAUUGACGGAUUUUCUCGCACAGCACAGUAAGGCCUUGGAGGCAUCAAUCCGCACAGCUCGAACAGGAUCCUCAAGCACGGGCCAAGACAGGAUUGGCCAAGCCAGGGCCACAACCGCGAACAUAGCCACAACCAAUAACAAGUGCGCCUACUGCGAAAAGGAAAACCAUGCUAUAUACAAAUGCGAAGACUAUCUACGGCUGGAUGUAAGUCAGCGAAUAAAAGAGGCUAGAUCACGCAGGUUAUGCUUAAAUUGCUUAAAGGCUGCAUCUCACCAAACCAAGCAUUGUAACGUAAAGCCGUGUCGCCAAUGCAACAAACGGCACAAUACGUUGCUUCAUCUUGAGCAAGCAUUGAUUAAGAAGGCGGAAACGUUAACGGAAAGCUCAAGCGCUGCGGAGGGAAAGAUAGUAGCGACAUCCAUAAACCACGCCGCAAGCGUGCAAAACAAACAAGUGUUACUGGCGACAGCCGUAGUCAAGGUAACGGAUAGCAGAGGCAACGAGGUGCUUUGCAGAGCAUUAUUGGACAGCGGGGCUCAGUCUUGUUUUAUAACUAGCAGUUGCGCGAAGAAAUUAGCCCUCGAACAGUUUGGCGCUUACACUCCAGUGCGUUGCCUCGGAGAACUGUCCACACGAACGAAUAAAAGAGUCAGAAUAAAGCUACAAUCAAGAAUCAAUAAGUUCAAGGCGGAUCUCGAUUGCCUAAUCAUAGAUCAGAUCAUACAGUUCAUGCCUGACGAUACGAUUAAUACCAAUGAUAUUCAAAUUCCGGAGGGCAUUAUUUUGGCAGAUCCAGAAUUCUAUGAACCCGCAAGAGUUGACUUGCUUUUGGGAGCAGAAAUUUUUUAUGAUAUCAUGUGCAUCGGCAGAAUCAAGCUCUCGACGGCGCAACCAACGUGGCAAAAAACAUUGCUCGGCUGGAUAAUUAGUGGCAGCCUCGUGACGACAGCUCGGAAACAAAAUGGCACGAUGUGCAAUUUGGCAAUCUAUGAUCAAUUGAACGCAAAUCUCACUCGAUUUUGGCAAAUCGAACACAACGAAAGACAAAGCACCCGGUCCCCGGAGGAGCGCGCAUGCAAAAAGCACUUGGCCAACACAUAUAAACGAAAUAAAGAAGGAAGGUUUAUAGUGUCCAUGCCAAUAAAAGAGGAUCGACUUCAAGAGCUUGGAGAGUCCCGCGAACGGGCUGUUCAGCGAUUCAGAAACCUUGAAAGAAAAUUUACAAGGCAGCCGCAAUUGAAGCAGGAAUAUGCUAGAUUCAUACACGAAUAUCUAAAAUUAAAGCAUAUGAAAGAAAUUCGAAAGGAUGACGCUAGAUGGAAUGCGCAACCACAAUGCUAUCUUCCACAUCAUUGCGUCAUAAAGGAAGCAAGUUCGACUACAAAAUUAAGAGUAGUAUUCGAUGCAUCCAGCAAAGAUACAAAGGGCGUCUCAUUAAAUGAUAUCCUGAUGGUAGGACCGGUGCUGCAACAAGACCUUGUAUCAAUCUUGUUAAGAUUCCGAAGUUUUAAGUAUGUAAUAACUGGCGACAUAGCUAAAAUGUAUCGUCAAAUACUCAUCACGGACGAUCAAACAGCACUUCAACGUAUUGUCUGGAGAGACGAUCCAAACCAAGAGCUUAAAACUUACGAACUACUAACGUUAACAUACGGAACAGCGCCAGCAUCCUUCUUGGCAACUAAAGUUAUUUAUCAAUUGGCCGAGUUAGAGGAAAAUCGAUUCCCAAAAGGUGCAGCAAUUGCACGAAGAGACUUCUACAUGGACGACCUUAUAACGGGUGCUAACUCGAUAGAAGAGGCGGUCGUGGGUCGUGACCAGGCGGCAGCGUUGUUACAAAAGAGAGGAUUUACGCUUAGGAAAUGGGCGUCCAACCAUCCGGAGCUACUAAAAAACAUUCAAGGGUGCACAACCGACGGCACAAUUAUGGAGCUGGAUAAAGACGGUGCAGCAAAGACGUUGGGCGUGAAAUGGAAUCACGAAAAGGAUGUGUUCCAAUACUCCAUCAAAAUAGCGUGCCCUACAUCAUGCACAAAGCGUCAAAUGCUUUCCGGCAUAGCCCAAAUAUUUGACCCUGUCGGACUAUUGGCGCCAGUAAUACUAACAGCAAAACUACUAAUUCAAGAACUGUGGAGAUUGCAAUUAGGUUGGGACGAGUCAUUGCCCACGGAUGUAUUCACGAAAUGGUCAAAUUACGUUACGGACAUACAAUGUUUGAACGAGUUCUGUGUCCAGCGACGAGUCAUGGAGGACGCAAAGACGUCGCCCCAACUUCACGGAUUUUGUGAUGCCAGUGAGAAGGCAUAUGGCGCAUGCAUUUAUGUGCGAAGCCUCGAUCGGAAUAACAUGGUUCGGACACAAUUAUUGUGUGCAAAGUCCAGGGUAGCCCCACUUAAAGCGGUAUCCAUCCCGAGGUUGGAGUUAUGCGGAGCUCAGCUGCUGGUGCAAUUAACAAACAAAGUCAAGACUUCGUGUGAUAUCAAAAUAGAAAAGGUCUAUUAUUGGACGGACUCUUCGAUAGUAUUACACUGGAUUAAAGCAACUAAUAAGAAGCUUCCAGUAUUUGUAGCUCAUAGGGUAGGAGAGAUCCAGGAGUUCACAUCCAUUGAGGACUGGAAUCAUGUAGGAACAAAAGAAAAUCCAGCAGACUUGGUUUCCCGAGGCGUCGCUCCAAAGGAGCUAUGCGAGUCGCAAUUAUGGUGGCACGGGCCUAUAUGGCUAAAAGACCAAGUUCAAAUCGAUCGUCGAGCAGAUGUCGAAGAUAUUGACGACGAGCCAGAACAGCAGAGCGACCGGGUGAUAGUGGCAAUGGUCAAACAAGCAAAGGAUAACAUCGUGAGUCGAUUUUCCAGUCUUCAAAAACUCGUUCGGGUUACGGCUACAUGCAUAAAAUUUGCGUGGCUUUGCAAGAAGGAAAGCGAAGUAAAAGCAUCGCAGCCGUUAACAGUCGAAGAAUUGGAGCAGGCCAAAAAACGCAUAGUCAAAAUGGAACAACUAAGCGCAUUCGGGCCGGAAAUGCGAGCCUUGUGCGAGAGACAAGCCAUAGGAAGUAGUAGCAAGCUAAAGCAUCUCAACCCAUUUCUAGACAACGACGGCCUACUACGCGUAGGGGGCGCGGACGCGACAUUAGCGGCGGUGCGACAGUUGUACUGGCCUCUCAAGGCGCGCGGUGCGGUUAGGAAAAUAACUCUCACAUGUAUUAAGUGUUUUAGGUUAAGACCUCGCAAUUCAGAGCAAAUAAUGGGAAGUUUGCCAAUUAGUAGGGUCACCCCGUCAAGACCGUUUGCGAAUACGGGCGUGGAUUUCUGCGGUCCCAUAUAUGUACGUGAACGCAGGGGGAGAGGGGCCAAGCGUGUCAAGGCCUACGUAGCAGUAUUCAUAUGUAUGGCGGUCAAAGCCGUGCAUUUGGAGGUAGUUUCGGACCUGACUACAGACGCAUUCCUUAACGCCUUCAAACGAUUCAUUAGUCGGAGAGGAAAGCCAACCAACGUGUAUUCAGAUAACGGCACCAAUUUCAUUGGAGCAAAUCGCGAGUUGGAAAAGUGUCUAGAGUUGUUUCGCUCGGAACAAUCAAAGCGCAAGAUCUUGGAUCACGGAGCGCUAGAGAAAAUUAAAUGGCACUUCAUUCCGGCACGGGCGCCUCAUUUCGGAGGCCUAUGGGAGGCUGCGGUGAAAGCCUGCAAGACUCAUUUCUACAAGACAGCUGCAGAAGCAGCCAUGACAUUCGAAGAAGCCUCUACGCUCGUAGCGCAAAUAGUGGCUAUUCUAAAUUCACGUCCUAUAACAGCAUUGUCCGAUGACCCCAACGAUUUGAGUUUCCUAUCUCCCGGCCACUUUCUUAUAGGAGACGCUUUGACAUCUUAUCCAGAGGGAGAUGUGUUGGAAAUAAAAGUCAACCGACUAUCAAGGUGGCAAAUGGUGGAGAGAAUACGCCAACAUUUUUGGAAAAGAUGGUCCUCGGAAUAUCUACUCAAUUUACAGCGGCGAAACAAAUGGUUGUCAAAUACAGGCCCUCAAAUAAAGGUUGGUCAAUUAGUCGUGUGUCGAGAAGACGGUUUACCACCGUUGAAAUGGGCUCUCGGCCGAGUGCAAUCUGUAUAUCCCGGAAUGGAUGGAGUAGUUAGAACGGCAACGAUCAGGACUGCCACCGGCGAGUAUAAGCGUCCAGCCGCCAAAUUAUGUAUACUUCCCGUAGAAGACAGUACAAAUAGUAGUAAGGAAUAA